CCGGAACCGGGGCGGACUUGAGCUAACCUGUCAGCCCUCAGGACUGGCCGAGGCCCAGGACGCCAACGACAACCUUGCGCCUCUGCAGCAUGAGGUGGAGGAGCUGGAGCAGCUGGAUUAUACGCAGCUGAGGGACAACAUGGCCGUCGUGAUGGAGAAGGUCCAUCAGGUGUGGAUCAGGUCGCACUUUCACUGCAAGCCCUGCUGGAUCGUCGUCCUCCUGGAGGAGAUUUGCAACUUCUUCAUCGAGAAAAGCAGAGACUUCCUGCACGGACAGGAAGUGAUGCGCGGCCUGCUUUUGGAUCCUGCGCAAGUUCUGGAUGAUGUCCGAGUGGUGACCUUGACUUUGCAAACUCUCAAGGACCAAUACAUCCACCACAGGACGCUGCUGGAACAAGAGGACGGAGGUUUGCACCGCUGGGAGUUUCCAUCUCAUCUGGUCUUCUCUCGUUUGGAUGAUUUCCUGAUUCGCCUGCAAAGCAUCCAGGCAAGCGUGCACUUGAGCACUUGUAUUGCUGCUCCACGUUGACCUUCCUGUGCGUCUCCCCAAACAGGAAGUGUAUCGUGUGCGCCUUCAGAUCCAGCUGGAGCAGGUGGUGGUGGCCGGCGGUCGCGGGCGGAUAUGGACCGGCGCCGUGCAAGGCGCGUGCCGAGACUUCCUGCACCAGCUGCAAGUCCUGGCCGACUGCAAGAGCGACGCCACCGAGCCCGCCGAUGGGAGCUUUGCGCAGCAGGCCGCUUCCUUCCAGGAGCACGUGUCCCACCUGGAGGCUCGCUUGGUGUCCAUUUUGCGAGGGGCGCUUGACGAAUGCCCGCUGCCGUCCGCCGCCGUCAAGGUGGUCACCAUAUUUGGGCCGCUGCUACAGCGCCACGCCAUCCGGAACCAGCUGCGCCCUCAGCUCUCCAAGCUGGUGGACAUGGUCCUGCGGGAACUGGACAGGGUGCAGGCGCUGGUUAAGACUAAGCCCGAGAAAGGGGUCUCGUCCAAAUUCAGCACGUCGCCGGCCGUCACCCUCAGAUGGACCAAGCAAGUCAUGCUCAGGGCCAACAAUGUUCUGCACAACUUCCAGGCAGUCCAACAUCUGUGUGUGGAUUCAUGCGAGACGGUGCGUCACAAGUUCCAGAAGAUCGCCGACCUGCUGCUGGACAUCCGAAGCUCCGUGCGUCAGGAGUGGAGCCGCCAGCUGGACCAAGACGCCGCUGCCGUCCUCAAGCUUCCGCUGAUCCAGGAGGAGGAGCUCGGCGUUUUGGGAAUCCCCUGCGGACAAAAGCUGGAGGGGCUGCUGAGGGACAUCAAAGAGGCUCGUUGGGAGAAGGAUCUGGAGCUCCGUCCCGAGACUGCUGAAAUUUUGCAGAGCGGACGACACAUCGCCAAAAGUUAUCUCAGUCUUACCAACAUCGUGUCCUCCUACAACCAGGUGGUGGAGAAGGCUCUGCCUGUGGAGCUUCCUCUAAUCCGGGAUGGGCUGGAGGAGCAGAAGCGAAGUCUGUUGGAGCUACAACGUAGCACCUGGACCAGUAAAGGUGUCCACGAAUUGAUGGAGCAGAAGACGCAGAGCUUGGCGGUCUUCUUUGCCUCCGUGAACGAAGCGCGAGCCAACAUGGCCGCCUUGGUGACCAUCAUGGAGGGCUGGGCGGCACUUCCCCUGCUCAGUCGCUCAGGAGACUUCCUGGAGAGGGGCGGAGCUACGGAACAGACCUACGCGCGUGUGCGGGAAGACGGCGAGGAGGUCAUUCGUCUGAUCAAGGAGAGCUCGGUCCGGUACGGCGUGAAGGACGAAUCGUCGCCCGAGUGGUUGGCCUACCUGGACCACGCGGACCAGGUGGUGCAAGACGGCGUCCUGCAGAUGAUGCUACACUCGCUCAACUUCCUGUCGCAGAACACAUUGCCCGCGAGUUCCGGGGGCGCCUUGCUGCAGGUGUCGCUGCAGCUGCAGCCAACAGGAAGCGUCUUUGAUCCGUCCCUGACCUCUGACCUGACCGAGGUCCUCAAGUCCUUCAUCUCUGAUGUCCUCGCGGCCGGCGCUCUGCCACCCCGGCUCGCCGGCGCUCACCGAGGCAACUAUCAGGAGGCGCUGCGGGACAACGCCGAGCUAGCCGAGCUGGAAAAGGAAGUGAUGCAGCACUUGCAGGAGGUCAACCAGGAGGCAGAACUCCUGAGGGCCAACCUGGACCGCUUCUCGCCGCUGUGGCUGAGUCCCAAACGCAAUGUCAUGCAAGAAUUCCUCACGUACGGCAGGAGGCUGAACCAGGGCGAAGAGGAGGUGGACAAGGUCCCGCCCACGCUGGCCGACUUCCAACGAGAGAUCAACAACCUACAGAAGCAGCUCUCGGAGUUGAACGAGCUGGAGGACUACCACCUGGUCCACGGCUGGCUGCAGGUCGACCUCCAACCUUUUAAAGACAGCCUUCGCCUCUUCAUCAACAAUUGGAUCAGCUUGUACACGCAGCACCUCCUCAAGCUGGUCCGUCACAGCAUGUCCCGACGCAACGACGAUGACGAUGAAGAAGAAGGCGACAAGUCUGCGGGGUGUCCCUUCCCCCUGACGGACACCAUCAUGCUCCUGGAGACGGUCAACGUGGAAGUACCUGAAAUCAUCACGCUGCUGCAGACGGGCGGCCAUCUGGUGGCGGAAACCGACAUGGAAGAGGCACAAAGAAGAUGAGGACGCGGUCCGGAAAGAGCGCCAGUGUCUAGUGGCGGUACGCGCCAAAGGCCAGCAGGCUGAGGAAGACGGUGAGGCCCAGCAGCAAGGCGGACGCCGGCGCCGUGAAAAGGUGGCGGUACUGGAUCUGGCAAUACCACAGCACGGCCAGCCCCAGCCCCAGCAGCGGCACCAUCAGGCCGCCGCCAUUCAGUGUUGCCCGGACCCGCGCAAUACCCGUCCCUACUGCUCCCUCGGGCGGAACCGGCACCGCUGCCGUGCGCUGCGAGGAGACAUGACAGUGCAGCACGCAGUUGUGCGCCAGGUGGAGCGUCUCCAGCGUGGCACCGUCGUCCUGCAGCAGUUGACCUUGGUAGAUGAGACGUACGUGUCCCUCCUGGCCCGCAAAGUAGGUCCUGCCGAUGAAAGAGACUGUCGGACUCGCAGCCCAGAGCAUGAAAGAAAAAAGCUGCCCGGGACUCUUCAUGAAAGCACUUUUUUUCUUGACCUUAAGGAGUCGGCUAGCGAGCGAGCAAGUUACCUCUUGAUGUAGCCGAUGGUGUCCUGGGGCUUGACGUGCGCCGUUCUCUCCGUGUCAUUAAGGAACUUGAGUCUGAGUACCAUGUUCCUCUGGAAGUCGCCGUCAGGCGCCGGCCCUUCCGUGGUGGAGGCGGGGGGCUGGUCUGGAGGAGAGGCGGCCCGAGGAGAGGCGGGCUGGAGCGGGUGCGGUGGCUCCGAGGUGCAGGUGGAGGCCCACGCCAGCAGCAACACGGCCGCCGCCGUCAGCGCAACCAGCAGGAGCGUCACCUCAUCGCCCACGCCCUCGAUCAAAGCCAUCGCCGCCCAGCACCCGAUUGCACGGGACCUGAAGGGUAGGGGGCGCAUGUUUGAUUUUCCGACCCGACUUGGUGUAAUGAUACACUCUUGCUCCAUUGCCCAACUUGGCCGCCCCCCCCCCUCGUUUGCAAAUGUCAUUGCUUCUCAUAACUUUUAUUUCUCAGAAUUUUUUAGCUGCAACGCAGUCCCCUGCCCAUCAACUGCUUAUUUGCAUUUUUCAGAAUGUUCUUUUCAUUUGCCCAUAAAUUGUUGAGCCACUUCCUGAUUUGUCAUUGCUCCUUCAUUUAUUUAUUAAUUAUUGCAUUAAACGCUAACACCUCCACGA